AUGUUUAUCUACGAAAAUCAAAAUAUUGCCCAGCAGCGCACACCAGACACCGUCGCACCUCUCAUCUAUACGAAACCCCCGAUUACGAGUCGAUUCUCCUACUUCUUGAAGCUUUGGUCUCUGAAGAUAGUCGAACGGGCUGGAUUCGCCGUCAUCAGAACUCUCAAACCUGCACCAAAAGGAAUUCGACCAUCCUUCCUUAAGACGUACCCGUGUCGACCCCAUCUUCGAAAUCGAGUCUUUAUACCACAAUCGCGCAAACCUUGGGAACAACUUCCCGCAUACCUCGAUUUACAUGCCGGAGGCCAUGCCCUGUACAAUGCCCAAUUUGAUGACGAGUUCUGUGCUACGCUUGCGAAUAAGCUCAAUAUCUUGGUCAUAAGUAUCGAGUACAGCAGAGCCCCAAGAAGCAGAUUCCCUGGGCCGACGAACGAUGUUGUUGCAAUAUCACAAGCAAUCAUUGAAGAUGGGGAUCUGCCUAUCGACAAGAGUCGUAUUGUCUUAGGCGGCUUCAAUGCAGGCGGAAAUCUUGCUCUCUCAGCCGCCCAGUUUCCGGAAUUGAAAGACAAGAUAUGUGGCAUCGUCUGUUGGUAUCCAGUUACAGACUUUGCUCUUUCGGCAUCUGCGAAGCAAAGUUCGAGGCCAUAUCGGAACAAGCAGGAUCUGGAUGAUUUCAAGGACUGGGCUCCACUGUGGAAGUGGGCUUAUAUUCAACCAGGCCAUGACAUCCGAGAUCCAUUGCUGAGCGUCAGAUAUGCCAAAGCGGAAAAUCUCCCUCGAUGGAUAUAUAUGAUCGGGGCACAGUACGAUAUGCUUGCAGAAGAAGCAAGGGAAACGAUUUUUGAUAUUGCCAGACUUGAUGAGCAGGAGAGAAAACAAGGGCUUGACGGAUUUGAGAAGGGCACAUAUAGGUGGAGACUGGUGAAAGACGUCCGGCAUGCGUUUGCAAACAAUGUCACGAGCGGCAGGAGCAAAGAAACUGAAGCUAUUGACAGGAUGCGGACCGAGCAGAUGCUGAACUCCGUCGGCGAGUGGCUUUUGAAGGGUCCGUUGGGGGCCUCGAGAUCGGAUUCGUGA